UGAAUUAUUUUGUUGUGCCUGCGCGUAUGCUUCACGACCUUCUCCCUGUCGACAUGUCCUCAGUUUGUCAUAACCUUCCAUUGGACGACCUUCGUGUGUUUCAGUAGCAGUAACUGUUAGUACCUUCGACAGCUUACAAAGCUAAUGUUCUGCUGAGUGUCCCAAAGCAGCCUUUUGAGGAGACCAACGAGGGGCAGGGAUUUUAUGAAAUAAUUGGAAUGUGAGACAUGGUGUUAGCCCACUUUCCCCAUGGGUGCAUCCACGUCGUCUCUGGACGAAGUGCCUGGUGAGCCUCUCGUAGAUUCAUUGGAGUUUUCAGAGCAGUUUCUGGCAAGGUAUGAACCUCUUAGGAAAAUUGGGUCUGGGGCAUUUGGCAGCGCCUACGUGGUGAGAGAGCGUACCACCAACGCUGUUUGGUGUGCUAAGAAGAUCAAUGUGCAAAGCCAAAAUGUCCCUCAAGAGGUCCAGUCGCUGAAAAAGAACGAGUCCAACGCGCACACGGUCACGCUGUACGAAACCGUACACGAUGUGGCGCGUACCGAGUACUACAUAGUUAUGGAGUACUGCCAGGGUGGCACGUUAAAGAACUGGAUCAGACGCAAUCACCGCAACAAGCUGUUAACCGAGCCAGUUGUUCUGGCAAUGCUCUACAAGAUCUGUGAAGCAGUUCAAGCAUGCCACGCCCUGCACACGCUGCAUAGGGACAUUAAGCCAGAGAAUAUAUUCUUGGACGUGAAUGGCAAUGUUAAGCUUGGUGACUUUGGUGUUUCUCGGCAGCUAGGUGAUCAGUCUGCAGCAAGGUCAUUCUGUGGUACUCCACCGUACAUGGCUCCGGAGCUGUUUUUGUCCUACAUGAACCAUAUACACGGAGGCCCGCCUGUCGGCUAUAACUUCCUCUCAGAUAUCUGGUCAAUUGGAUGUGUGCUGCUGGAUAUGUCGAAUAAGUUUGGCGUUCUUCUACCUGAUAGAAAACAUGGUCUUGGUCUUGCAGCAGCAGAGGCAAUGAAUCCACAAGCUGGUGCUGUCAACAUGCCCGCGCUGCCCGAUAUUCCGAAACUGAUUGAUGAAGAAAUCCCACCGAGCUGGAAAAUUGUACGUCGUCUACUGUCCCGCAUGCUCUGCUUCAAGGCUGAGGAAAGAAUUAGCUUGCUGCUAAUACUGACUGAUCCUGAGCUUCGCCGCUCCUUGCAGUAUGACCCUUCUGCGGCUGGAUGGCAUGAAGGAAAGAACGAGGUCAGGCGUUUCUCUAAAAUGUCUGACUCCUAGCCCGUACUGCUACAUAUACGUGUAUAAUUUUCUAAUAAUUAUGUGCUGUGUACAUUGCUGGUCAAGACUGUGCAAAUUCUGAUGAACAUAGCUGCGCUAUACUUUUAUUAUUUUCUAUUCUCCGAUAUACUCGUAGUCAUUUUCGGUGGGACACUUCACUUUCCAUAGUGUUUUAUUAUUAUUAUUACAAUUAUUAUAUUUUAGGAUGAAUUGAGUGUUGCUUUUGCAGCACAUGCAGCCUAUCUACACAGUGACAUUGAUUAAUCACUCUUGCUACUGGUGCACAUGACUGUACUUGUAUCCGUUUUGGAUACCAGCAUGACUGUAGUAGUUGUUGUAUGAGCUGUGCAGGCAUGGUUCUACACGGUCCAGGGACCUGGCACUGUUAUCAUGGUUAUUGUGCUCUCCGCCCAGUGGCAGUGUCGGCCUGCACAGGAGGAACCGUAGUUUCCUCUCCGAGCCUCCAUAUAGAACAAUAAUCAUUAUUAUUAAUAUGACAUACUCACCAACACAAUGGACUAUCAAUGUACAUGUAGAUUCACUGAAGAUAACAUGGCGCUAACGGUGUUUUUUGAAUCCAACUCAGAAUUGUUGUGAAAGAAUAUUAUAACUUGUAUGUCGACAA